GGGGCUGCGUCUGCUCUAGGGAAGCGAGGGCCGCGUCCCCCGCAGCAUCCCCACCAUACCACCCGCGCAAGCCCCCAGUUUUCCCGUGAGGGGGCCACCGGAGCUCUCUGCCCGCCUCUCUCCCCUCUCCUCCCUCCCUCCGGUCCCCCCCCCCAAAGAAAACCCGCCAGUGGCUCACGCCUCCUGCAUACGGGAUGAGGUGAGCAGCGCCGCUACUGAGAGGGGGCGCGCGCGGGUGUGAGCGUGUGUCCGUGUGCGAGUGUGUGUGCGCCGGGCGGGCGGGCACUGCAGCUUCUUCCUCCGUGGAGCGGAGAGCAAGCGAGAGAGCUCGAGCAAGCGAGCGAGCGGCGAAGGCGGGCAGAGGGGCGCGGGCGAAGCGGCGCAGCCAUCCCGAGCCCGGCGCCGCGCAGCCACCAUGCUCAACAACCUGACGGACUGCGAGGACGGCGAUGGGGGAGCCAACCCCGGCGAUGGCAACCCCAAAGAGAGCAGUCCCUUCAUCAACAGCAUGGACACGGAGAAGGGCAGAGAGUACGAUGGCAGGAACAUGGCCCUGUUUGAGGAGGAGAUGGACACCAGCCCCAUGGUAUCCUCCCUGCUCAGUGGGCUGGCCAACUACACCAACCUACCCCAGGGAAGUAGAGAGCAUGAAGAAGCAGAAAAUAAUGAGGGUGGAAAAAAGAAACCAGUGCAGGCUCCUCGCAUGGGCACCUUCAUGGGCGUGUACCUGCCGUGCCUGCAGAACAUCUUUGGUGUCAUCCUCUUCCUGCGGCUCACGUGGGUGGUGGGCAUCGCGGGCAUCAUGGAGUCCUUCUGUAUGGUCUUCAUCUGCUGCUCCUGUACGAUGCUCACAGCCAUUUCCAUGAGCGCAAUCGCAACCAAUGGUGUUGUGCCUGCUGGUGGCUCGUACUACAUGAUUUCCAGGUCUCUGGGCCCAGAGUUUGGGGGCGCCGUGGGUCUCUGCUUCUACCUGGGCACCACCUUUGCUGGGGCUAUGUACAUCCUUGGCACAAUCGAGAUCCUGCUGGCUUAUCUCUUCCCAGCUAUGGCCAUCUUCAAGGCAGAAGAUGCCAGCGGGGAGGCAGCUGCCAUGCUGAACAAUAUGCGGGUGUACGGCACCUGUGUGCUCACCUGCAUGGCCACCGUAGUCUUUGUGGGUGUCAAGUACGUCAACAAGUUUGCCUUGGUCUUCCUGGGUUGCGUCAUCCUGUCCAUCCUGGCCAUCUAUGCAGGGGUCAUCAAGUCUGCCUUCGACCCACCCAAUUUCCCGAUCUGCCUCCUGGGGAACCGCACACUGUCUCGCCAUGGCUUUGAUGUCUGUGCCAAGUUGGCUUGGGAAGGAAAUGAGACAGUGACCACACGGCUCUGGGGCCUUUUCUGUUCCUCCCGUCUCCUCAAUGCCACCUGUGAUGAGUACUUCACCCGAAACAAUGUCACAGAGAUCCAGGGCAUUCCUGGUGCUGCCAGUGGUCUCAUUAAAGAGAACCUGUGGAGCUCUUACCUGACCAAAGGGGUGAUUGUCGAGAGGCGUGGGAUGCCCUCCGUGGGCCUGGCAGACAGUACCCCCGUAGACAUGGACCACCCCUAUGUCUUCAGUGAUAUGACCUCCUACUUCACCCUGCUCGUUGGCAUCUACUUCCCCUCGGUCACAGGGAUCAUGGCUGGCUCGAACCGGUCUGGAGACCUGCGGGAUGCCCAGAAGUCUAUCCCUACUGGAACUAUCCUGGCCAUUGCUACCACCUCUGCUGUCUAUAUCAGCUCUGUUGUUCUGUUCGGAGCCUGCAUCGAGGGGGUCGUCCUACGGGACAAGUUUGGGGAAGCUGUGAAUGGCAACCUGGUGGUGGGCACCCUGGCCUGGCCUUCUCCCUGGGUCAUCGUCAUAGGCUCUUUCUUCUCUACCUGUGGGGCUGGAUUGCAGAGCCUCACAGGGGCCCCACGCCUGCUGCAGGCCAUCUCCCGGGAUGGCAUAGUGCCCUUCCUGCAGGUCUUUGGCCACGGCAAAGCUAAUGGAGAGCCAACCUGGGCGCUGCUGCUGACUGCCUGCAUCUGUGAGAUCGGCAUCCUCAUAGCCUCCCUGGAUGAGGUCGCCCCUAUCCUUUCCAUGUUCUUCCUGAUGUGUUACAUGUUUGUGAACUUGGCUUGCGCAGUGCAGACGCUGCUGAGGACGCCCAACUGGAGGCCACGCUUUCGCUAUUACCACUGGACUCUCUCCUUCCUGGGCAUGAGCCUCUGCCUGGCCCUCAUGUUCAUUUGCUCCUGGUACUACGCACUGGUGGCCAUGCUCAUUGCCGGACUCAUAUAUAAGUACAUCGAGUACCGGGGGGCGGAGAAGGAGUGGGGGGAUGGAAUCCGAGGCCUGUCUCUCAGUGCGGCGCGCUAUGCCCUCUUGCGCCUGGAGGAAGGACCUCCGCAUACGAAGAACUGGAGGCCCCAGCUACUGGUGCUGGUACGUGUGGACCAGGAUCAGAACGUGGUGCACCCGCAGCUGCUCUCCUUGACUUCCCAGCUCAAGGCAGGGAAGGGCCUGACCAUUGUGGGCUCGGUCCUUGAGGGCACCUUUCUGGACAACCAUCCUCAGGCUCAGCGGGCAGAGGAGUCUAUCAGACGCCUGAUGGAGGCUGAGAAGGUGAAGGGCUUCUGCCAGGUAGUGAUCUCCUCCAACCUGCGUGAUGGCGUGUCCCACCUGAUCCAGUCUGGGGGCCUCGGGGGACUGCAACACAACACCGUGCUGGUGGGCUGGCCUCGCAACUGGAGGCAGAAGGAGGAUCAUCAGACAUGGAGGAACUUCAUUGAACUGGUCCGGGAAACUACAGCCGGCCAUCUCGCCUUGUUGGUCACCAAGAAUGUCUCCAUGUUUCCCGGGAACCCUGAGCGCUUCUCGGAGGGCAGCAUCGACGUGUGGUGGAUCGUGCACGACGGGGGCAUGCUCAUGCUGCUGCCCUUCCUGCUGCGCCACCACAAGGUCUGGAGGAAAUGCAAAAUGCGGAUCUUCACCGUGGCCCAGAUGGAUGAUAACAGUAUUCAGAUGAAGAAGGACCUGACGACGUUUCUCUACCAUUUACGCAUUACUGCAGAGGUGGAGGUAGUGGAAAUGCAUGAGAGCGACAUCUCAGCAUACACCUACGAGAAGACAUUAGUAAUGGAGCAACGCUCUCAGAUCCUCAAACAAAUGCACCUCACCAAGAAUGAGCGGGAACGGGAGAUCCAGAGCAUCACAGACGAGUCUCGGGGCUCCAUUCGGAGGAAGAAUCCAGCCAACACGCGGCUCCGCCUCAACGUUCCCGAAGAGACGGCAUGUGACAAUGAGGAGAAGCCAGAGGAGGAGGUGCAGCUGAUCCAUGACCAGAGUGCUCCCAGCUGCCCUAGCAGCUCGCCAUCUCCAGGGGAGGAGCCCGAGGGGGAGGGGGAGACAGACCCAGAGAAGGUGCAUCUUACCUGGACCAAGGAUAAGUCAGUGGCAGAGAAGAAUAAAGGCCCCAGUCCCGUCUCCUCCGAAGGCAUCAAGGACUUCUUCAGCAUGAAGCCGGAGUGGGAAAACUUGAACCAGUCCAACGUGCGGCGCAUGCACACAGCGGUGCGGCUGAACGAGGUCAUCGUGAAUAAAUCUCGGGAUGCCAAGCUGGUUUUGCUCAACAUGCCCGGACCUCCCCGCAACCGCAAUGGUGAUGAAAACUACAUGGAAUUCCUGGAGGUCCUCACUGAGCAACUGGACCGGGUGAUGCUGGUCCGCGGUGGCGGCCGAGAGGUCAUCACCAUCUACUCCUGAAGGCCAGGACCUGCCACUCCGGCCCGAGCGCGCCCGGCCCGCGGCCCCCCGGAGCCCUCGCCGCGCCUCCCCGCCGCUGUCACCGUUUACAUAAGACCCCGUUGCCCGUGCCCUGGCCCCUUUCCCUCCCGCUGCCUGCAGCCCGGAGGCCUUGUCCGUCGGGGCUGACCCGCAGGGUGGCUCAUGGGCCCCUUUUCUGAGCCCGGCCUCGCCCCGCCAGAGCAGACGUUGCAAUAAAGGUGGCGAAGAGGCGUGGAGAGGAGCGGAACCGUGGUCCCGCGCUGGGCAGCCCCGAGCCCGUCCCUCCCCACGCCCCGCCGAGCUCCCCCGGGACCCGGGUCGCCGAGCCCGGGUGCCGCUCGGUUGCGCUAUACAUAGUGUACAGGAGACAUCGAGUGUAUUUUUAAUGUCCCCAUAUUUCUGUAACUAGAAACGCAACGGACUCCUCGCCACGGCCGCGCUCUCCCCGCUGCGGGCACCCAGGAAGGGAAGCUCGGGGAGCCAGGUUUCCCUGAGCUCCCGAGCUGAGAGCCAAGUGCUUUAAGGCCAGCGCUCUCCUUUCCCUUUCUUGUCCAAGGCCUGGGCCUGGCCUUCCUUCUCUUCCCUCCAGUUCUUGGCGGAUAAAGGUGAGACGGCCGGCUCGGCCGGCUUCGGUGGAUGCGAGCUUACAGGCGGCCAAGAGAGGAGGGGUCGCCCCUCCAGGAGGAGAAACUGAGGCCCGCGCCCACCGAGGAAGUCCUGCCCGGUGCCUUCGUGGAGGAGCAGGCGUCUCUCCUCUCUUGGCUUGCCGCCUGAUCCCCCUGUCCCGUCGCUCCUCGCCAAAGACUGAAUUCAUGGAGCUGGAGGGCACACCCUCCCCAGUUUCCUUCCUGGGACAGGCGAGGGGCCAAUGUCAGCCUUGGGGCCGACUCACCAGGAGGCCUCGCGCAGCCUCUGAUAGUCCCUCUCUUGGUCCCCAUUCUGCAAGUCCUACCUGGGGACCCAGCUGCCUGGUUGUUCUGGGGCUGAGUUUUGCUGCCUAGCAGCAGGUCCUUAGCCACCGUCUCUCCAGAUACCAGGUCCUGGAGUAGGGAUGGAGUCUUACGGGCCCAGUUGUUCCUAGCGCUUCUCUGCCCCCGCCCCCCAGUAGGACUCAAGGCCUUUGGCUUUCCCAACUCAUCCUUGGCGCUUCCGCUCCACCAGCCCCACCUGUGUGUGUGUGGGGUGCCCUCAGCCCCUUAGAGAGGCGGUUGGCUGGUUCCCUUCCCCCAGGGCACGUUACUAAGAGGACAGGCACUGCAUGCUCCUUUAAGCGCCCUCUGGGACUGGUUACUGGUGCCUCCAGCCCCAGGGCCCUGGCCUGUGCACCUAGUUAGACAUCAUGCUCACUCCAGGGCCAGGACCACUAGCUGACCUCACCACCUUUUUCCUUGAGCCCAAGGAAGAGAGAGCUGCAGCUGGUGCCAUCUAAAUGGCUCAGGUGUGGCCAGUGGCAGGGCUGGAGGGCCACUGCCCUGUUACUUGGCUCAAGCCCCCUCUCAAGACUUGAUGGGGAUUGGGUAUGCUUCCAGGCAGUAGCCAUCAAGUUGGAAGCAUAGGACCCAGGGCCCGCCAUCCUUCAGGACUGCCCUCCCUUGCCGAGGUUUUGCCUUUGGGGGCAAGAGAGGGGCUGGGUAGCUGGGGAGGAGGCAGCAUCAAUACCAAUUAGGGAACCAAAGUUGCACGACCUGGGCCCAGACUCUGGUUGGCAAGAGCAAAGUUUCCGUUGAAAACAAACAGCCCACAACAAACCCCCAGUUUUCUGUGCUCCAUGUGCAAUAUUUGUUAGGAACCUUGUGUCGUUGAGGUCACCUUUAUAAUCACUGUAGCUAGAUGUCCCAUGUCCAUCCAGGUGACUUCUACUCUGAGUGCAAUAUUUCAGUAGCCUGGUAGUGAGGAGAGUGUCGCUUCUGUCUCAGCAGACCUAUGUGCAGGGCAGUGCAAUGCAGUCCAAAACCCUUGUAAAUAGGAGAGGUUGCAAGCCAAAUCAAGAGUAUUUAUCGUUAUUACUAUUAUUAUUAGGCCUGCCUUUAAUUUUAGUGUUUCGGUAUUUCGCAUCCUGACUCGGUAUUGAUCUUGUGUUCUUUGUGCCAAUACGCAAAGGAGAGGGUCAGUUCUCUCCUUUACUGUUGAAUGCUCCCACUUAAUGCUUUAAGGCUUUUACUGUGUUAAUUUUUUUAGAUACCUGUCUGCACACAAUGCAAUAAAAAUAAUUUUAUUACACCCUUGAUA